AUGCCUUCAAACUACGAAAGGCUCUCCCGCCCUAGCGGCGACACCACUCUGGCUGUCCCUGAAAAGGCUGCUUCAACAACUCUCACAGUCAACGAAACUCCUCGCGUCAGCACAACAUCGACGCCUCAGACAGACAAACUCAACCCCUUCGACACCGACAUUGAAGUCAUGGUCACAAACACACGAACAGAGUCAAACAUGCACAAAACAUCGAGCAGCCCUCUUGCCAGAAAGACGGACUGCCAAGUAUGGCCAGGAAAGGACCACUGGAAGCAACAGGCCAAGGCCGCAAAGGCAAAGAACCGCUGCACCUGUAUGGCCCACCUCAGCAAGCGCAAUCGCUGGAUCGUCAAGGGACUCAUCAUCCUUCUUGUUGUCGGAAUCGCAGUUGGUGUUGGUUUUGGCGUCAGCAAGCCACUCAACGCGCCCAUAUGGGGCGACAAAGACGACAAGUAA